CCUUGAGGGAAGUCGGAACGACGGGGGUCACGGCCGGGGUCAGAGGGUAAAGGUCCUGCUCCCAGCAGCCUCCGCGGUGGAUACGUCGCCAUCUUGGAUCCGCGGGACAAGAAAAUUCAUGCGAGGGAGAACUGGUGGGCGGUCCUUCCUGUGACACGACCCUUGAGUGACAGUUCUAUUUGAUUGCCUCCAGUACUGUGAGGAAAGGACACGACUCUAUGGUGAGGACUGAUGGACAUACAUUAUCUGAGAAAAGAAACUACCAGGUGACAAACAGCAUGUUUGGUGCUUCAAGAAAGAAGUUUGUAGAGGGGGUCGACAGUGACUACCAUGACGAAAACAUGUACUACAGCCAGUCUUCUAUGUUUCCACAUCGGUCAGAAAAAGAUAUGCUGGCAUCACCAUCUACAUCAGGUCAGCUGUCUCAGUUUGGGGCAAGUUUAUACGGGCAACAAAGUGCACUAGGCCUUCCAAUGAGGGGGAUGAGCAACAAUACCCCUCAGUUAAAUCGCAGCUUAUCACAAGGCACUCAGUUACCGAGCCACGUCACGCCAACAACAGGGGUACCAACAAUGUCACUUCACACGCCACCAUCUCCAAGCAGGGGUAUUUUGCCUAUGAAUCCUAGGAAUAUGAUGAACCACUCCCAGGUUGGUCAGGGCAUUGGAAUUCCUAGCAGGACAAAUAGCAUGAGCAGUUCAGGGUUAGGUAGCCCCAACAGAAGCUCGCCGAGCAUAAUAUGUAUGCCAAAGCAGCAGCCUUCUCGACAGCCUUUUACUGUGAACAGUAUGUCUGGAUUUGGAAUGAACAGGAAUCAGGCAUUUGGAAUGAAUAACUCCUUAUCAAGUAACAUUUUUAAUGGAACAGAUGGAAGUGAAAAUGUGACGGGAUUGGACCUUUCAGAUUUUCCAGCAUUAGCCGACCGAAACAGAAGGGAAGGAAGUAGUAAUCCAACUCCAUUAAUAAACCCCUUGGCUGGAAGAGCUCCUUAUGUUGGAAUGGUAACAAAACCAGCAAAUGAGCAAUCCCAGGACUUCUCAAUACACAAUGAAGAUUUUCCGGCAUUACCUGGUUCCAGCUAUAAAGAUCCAACAUCAAGUAAUGAUGACAGUAAAUCUAAUUUGAAUACAUCUGGCAAGACAACAUCAAGUACUGAUGGACCCAAAUUUCCUGGAGAUAAAAGUUCAACAACACAAAAUAAUAACCAGCAGAAGAAAGGGAUCCAGGUGUUACCUGAUGGUCGGGUUACUAACAUUCCUCAAGGGAUGGUGACGGACCAAUUUGGAAUGAUUGGCCUAUUAACAUUUAUCAGGGCAGCAGAGACAGACCCAGGGAUGGUACAUCUUGCAUUAGGAAGUGACUUAACAACAUUAGGCCUCAAUCUAAACUCUCCUGAAAAUCUCUACCCCAAAUUUGCAUCACCCUGGGCAUCUUCACCUUGUCGACCUCAAGACAUAGACUUCCAUGUUCCGUCUGAAUACUUAACGAACAUUCACAUUAGGGAUAAGCUGGCUGCAAUAAAACUUGGCCGAUAUGGAGAAGAUCUUCUCUUCUAUCUCUAUUACAUGAAUGGAGGAGAUGUAUUACAACUUUUAGCCGCAGUUGAGCUUUUUAAUCGUGAUUGGAGAUACCACAAAGAAGAACGAGUAUGGAUUACCAGGGCACCAGGCAUGGAACCAACAAUGAAAACCAAUACAUAUGAGAGGGGAACAUAUUACUUCUUUGACUGUCUUAACUGGAGGAAAGUAGCUAAGGAGUUCCAUCUGGAAUAUGACAAAUUAGAAGAACGGCCUCACCUGCCAUCCACCUUCAACUACAACCCUGCUCAGCAAGCCUUCUAAAAAAAAAACACAAAAAAAAACAUACAAAAAAAGACUCCCUUUUCUUGGGGUAUGGCUGUCUCAGCACAAUACUCAACAUAACUGCAGAACUGAUGUGGCUCAGGCACCCUGGUUUUAAUUCCUUGAGGAUCUGGCAAUUGGCUUACGCAAAGGUCACCAUUUGAGGUCCUGCCUUACUAAUUAUGUGCUGCCCAACAACUAAAUUUGUAAUUUGUUUUUCACUAGUUUGAGCAGGGUCUGAAUUUUUUUCAUUUAUUUUCUUUUUUGCCAGCAUACAGACUUGGGUCUGUAAAGAGAAACAAGUACACUGACAGAAGUUUACCAUUUAGUUUCUAAAAUGUAAAAAAAAAAAAAAAGAAAACCCCACAAAAGACUCAACAAAAUUAGACCACAAAAUUUACAUUGUUCAUUGUAGCACUAUUGGUAAUAAAAUAACAAACGUUUGUGCAUUUUUAUGUGAAGAUCCUUCUCGUAUUUCAUUUGGAAAGAUGAGCAAGGUCUGCUUCCUUCAUUUUACUUCUCCUUCUGUUUUUGAAAGGCAGUUUCGCCAAGCUUAAUGCAAGAAUGAAUAUCUGACUGUUUAGAAGAAAGUUAUUGCCACAAUCUCUGGUUUCCAGGGUUGUGUUAUUACUGAGCUUCAUCUUUCCAGAAUGAGCAAAACACUGUCCAGUCUUUGUUACGAUUUUGUAAUAAAUGUGUACAUUUUUUUUAAAUUUUUGGACAUCACAUGAAUAAAGGUAUGUAUGUACGAAUGUGUAUAUAUUAUAUAUAUGACAUCUAUUUUGGAAAAUGUUUGCCCUGCUGUACCUCAUUUUUAGGAGGUGUGCAUGGAUGCAAUAUAUGAAAAUGGGACAUUCUGGAACUGCUGGUCAGGGGACUUUGUCGCCCUGUGCACUAAAGGGCCAGAUUUUCAGCAGCCAAGGACAUCCAUACCCAAGUGAAUGUGAUGGGACUUUAAAGAAGUGAACUGAGACAAUUCACUCUGGCUGUUUGAACAGCAGCGUUUCAUAGGAAGAGAAAAAAAAAAAAGAUCAAUCUUGUAUUUUCUGACCACAUAAAGGCUUCUUCUCUUUGUAAUAAAGUAGAAAAGCUCUCCUCA